CUCCACUGCUUAAUGCUUAAUUGGUAAGCAAAGAUGCAGUUUUGCACCUUGUACUUUCCUACUUCGGUUGGAGAUAUUUCCUUUCCGAAUAUCCAAUCUGCUAUUGUAAGAAAAGCAAGGCCAUUGUUUUAGAGAGAAGCAAGUGACCAAGUCUGGUUCUUGAAUCGCUCCCCAGAGGGACCCUCUUGAGCAGGAGUCUGGAAUCUUGGAAGGGAGAGAGAGGAUUUUGCAUUGAUGGGCCUCCUGUUUUUGAUCAAUUUGGCAUUGGGUGUGAUUUGGAAAGUGGGUUCAAGUUUUAACUCUCUUUCCUUUUUAGAGUUGCAUGGGUAAGUUUCAUGUAGCUUCCUAGAAACCGCACAGGGUUGUUCUUAUCUGAGUUUGUGCUCUUCUGGCUUGUGAAGCAGACAGCGUGGUUGAGUUUUGUCUGACUUGUGUAUUGACACACUGUUUGUCUUGUUUGAUUUGAUAUCGAGAAAAAGUGACGGAGGAUUUUUUUUUAUCACUCGAGUCUUGGAAGGUAGAGAAUUUGCAUUGAUAGUCCUGCUAUUUUUGAUCAAUUUGGCUUUGGGUGUGAUUUGGAGACUGGGUUCAAGUUUUAACACUUUUUCCUUAUUAGAAUUGCAAGAAUAAGUUUCAUGUAGCUUCCUAUAAACCACAGGUUGUUUCUUAUCUGGGUUUAUGCUCUUCUGGGUUGUUAAGCAGACAGGGUGGUUGGGUUCUGUCUGACUUGUGCAUUGACACAUUUUAGGUGUUUGUUGAUUUGUUCUCAAGAAAGAGUCACAGAGGAUUUUUCAUCACUUGGGUCUUGCUCUUGCUCUGAGAAUCAUAUUUGAUUUGAUCACUCUGUACACGACAACUAGCCUAUCAACUGAGCCAUGGCUGAAAGCAUGUGUUCUGCAAUGUCGGAAACUGAUAUUCUAGCUCUAAAGGAAACUCUUCAAGCUCAACAACAACUUCUCCAAAAACUGUACAGCGAGUUGGAUGAGGAAAGAGAAGCCUCUGCUUCUGCAGCUAGUGAAACUUUAUCCAUGAUACUGCGUUUGCAAGGAGAGAAGGCUGCUGUACAGAUGGAAGCAAAUCAAUAUAGGAGAAUGGCAGAAGAAAAGAUGUCUCAUGCCGAGAAUUCUCUUUUUAUUUUUGAAGAUCUUAUAUAUCAGAAAGAAAUGGAAGUUGCAUCUCUGGAGUUUCAAGUUCAGGCUUAUAGGUGCAAAUUUCUUAGCAUGGGUUGUACUGAUUUGGGUGCCUAUGACUGUAGAUUUCCAGAGAAUAUGUUUUUGCAAAGAAGUGAUUCAUGCAAGGUGGAAACAGAUGCUAGUAGCAAUGUAAGAAGAUUGAACUCUCUGCCUCCAAUUCAACUCAAAGAUCCCCAUCUGAAGAAAAGUAAUUUAGAAAGAGAAUUAUCCCCAAUCCCAAUGUCCGAUUUGAUUCCAAAAAUAUUGAAGCAAAAUACAGAACAUGAAGUUAAUGUUCAAAACUUGGAUUUUGAGAAGAAAUCGGGAAAUUCCACUGGUGGAACCUUUGAUUCGUAUUGGAAGCAGAUCAAAAAGUUAGAUGGACGAGUGAAAGAGAUAUCGGAUUGUAAAGUUUCUGGUAGAGAUAAUUCUGCGAACUUGAAGGGUGAGUCACUGCCUUGCUCAGUACUUCCACAACUAAGCAUUGAAAAAUUACGUGCAGCGACAAGUGGAGAAAUUAUUUCUAAUUUGGAGCAAGUUAAACUUCAGGAAUAUAUACAGGAAAGGGAGUCAAUUUUUAAUUCUCCUUGCUCCUCAACUGUACAGGAUAUUUUUGAAGUCCCUCAAAGUAAUGAGAUUUGUAAAGCAUAUGAAUGUCAAAAGAGAGAGAGGAGUAAAUUGAUUUUGGAAGGUGAGAACAGGCUAGGAAAGCCAGAUUUGGUCUCUGAGGAUACCUUUGGGUUGCAUUUUAAAGAUGAAACAGACAGGACAAAGAAAAUAUUGCUAUGUGCAAACUAUGAUGACAAAUUAUUUAAAGCAAGAAAUGAAGCAAGUGUUGACUGCAAUAUGGCUCUUGUUCAACCGACAACAAGUGCUGCUGAAUCUCAAGCAGAGAUUCAACAGUUGUGUCAGAGAAUAGAGCAGCUUGAGAGAGAGAGAAAUUAUCCUAGGCAAGAAAUUAGUGAGGUAGGGGAAGAGGAGUUGAAGUUGUUAAAGGAGAUACAUGAGCAAAUUAAUACGAUACAGACCGAGUUAAGAAGUUGGAGAACUAAGAAAUCCCCUCCACAAGAUGCACAGUCCCUAGAUAUUCUUGCUGAGGCAAUGCUAUACUUUUGGCUUUAAGAAAUCAAUUGGCACCAGUCAGAUGAAAACUUCCACGCAUCAUUGCAGACAUGCUUGACACAAAGGAUCGAGUAAGAGUAUCUUUGAUCUUUCCAACAAAUAGUGUGAACAAACAAUUGUAGGUUCUUGUUUUUUAUUUGAAUGUCUUUGAGGGAAAUUUUUUUUGUCUUCUGAACUUGAGACUUAGGUUGUAAGUAACAUAUAUACCUUUCUGUAUUUGGAGAGUGCUUUGUUUUCAAGAUGUAUAGAGUGUUUUCUCUUUUAUACCCAAUGAAAAUAGUUGUAUUGGACAUCACUGAACGAAAUCUUUUCUCAAA